UGUGCUCUUUGGGAUCAUUGAGAGGUUGCAUGCUCAUAUGAGCAAGGCCAGACCUGCAGGCUGUCUGAUGCAUCUACUGGCUCAGAGGACCUCUCCAGCUCUUGCUGGUGGGGGCUCAUUGCGUGGAAAGAAUCGGAGGCUGAAGCAGGCAAAAGAAGAGGCCCAGGCAGAGAUUGAGCAGUACCGCCUGCAGAGGGAGAAGGAGUUCAAAGCCAAGGAAGCAGCGGCGCUUGGAUCUCAUGGCAGCUGCACCACUGAAGUUGAGAAAGAGACCCAGGAAAAGAUGAGUGUAAUCCAGCAGAACUUCCAGAAGAACCGUGAGGUGGUCCUCUCCCAGCUGCUGUCACUAGUGUGUGAUAUCAAACCUGAAAUCCAUGUGAAUUACCGCAUCAAUGGGUAGUCAUGAAGGAAGGAAUAAGCAUACUGGAAAUGCUGGUAGUAACGUCUGAGCUUCAGGAACGUACAGCUCUUAGCCAUACCUUAACUGUUCUUGUAAAUGUGUUAAAUUAUUUCAGUGAGUUGUAGGUCAUCAGUAUCUUGUUGGAGUUCUGUUAGUGUCUCUCUUGACACAGAUUUAGAGGUUAUUCAAACAUGAAAUGGCCAUGUCUCAAAUCUAUGCUAAGUUAUUAAAUAUAUACUCAAGUUGGCACAUUAAUGCUUCCUUUUUAUCUGGGCGGCUUCAGUGAGAGGCUUUCCUCUGCAAAGCAGAUAGGGGAGAGAGAUGCUGGCCAGGUUUAAAUGAAGAGCAUAUGUAACUGUAUUCUUGUUCACAAAAAUGCAUUUUUCAGUGUGUUGUUAACCUUUGUACAGGGGUUAAACCUCUAAAAAGAAUUCUCUGGCUGUACAGUGCUGACUGAUAAUUUUCAGGUGCUUUGAGUUUUUCUGUAUUGAAUAUCUGUAUAUUCUGUUAGCUUGAGUUACGAGUCUGGCACUAUGACACUUGAAAGUAAAAAUACUUAUUUAAUUCCAAA